AUGAUUCUGGGCCGAUUUUCUCAUUUACCUACAACGGUCGAAGACGACGAGGGCUCAGAAGUUGUUUUUGAACUUGUUGAUACCUAUGAUGCCGACUCGGACAUUUACUACCGAAAACUCCGAAAAUGCAGAGCUCGUGCCAAAAAGUAUUCGCGAAGCCCGAGAUAUCGGUUGAGUCUAGAGACUCUUGCUCUUCUGCGACGGCGACGAGCUAUGAUUGCCUUCCACGACACUGGUGUCAAAUAUAAGCUCCUGUGCAAGGAAAUCAGAAAGAAGAUGAAGGAGGAUUACGAUAAAUUUCGGACGAAGAGAUUAGCACAAAAGAGAAGCAUUGAUAAAGCAUGGGAUGAGGUUGCCGAGCUGCGUCAAGAGCUGAUGGCACGUGAUUUGGAAGCAAAAGGCGUGAAAUCGGUUUUGUGCAGUCGGCUCCAGGAAGCACUUGAUAAGGAAAAAGCACAGGAGGAGGGCAAAGAAAUGGAGGUACGUGUGUAUUUCCAGACCGCGGCAUUAUAG